UAUCAGCACAAUCACCAGAUUCGGUGCUAUCUGGUUCAUGUGACGUCACAGAGGGAAGUGGAAUUAAACAGGCUUUAUUUAGAUGUAAUCCCUCAUAGCAAUCGACAGAGUGAGUAAAAUGUCCAACGGAGAGAUAAACCAUGCUGGAUUAGUAGAAGCCCCUGCCCAUUCCGACUUGUUUUUUUUUCUUCUUCUCCAAACAACUGCUUGGUGGCCAUCUCAAACCUGCAUCCUGUUUUUUUUACUGGAAUAGGGAACCAACCUCUGCUAUUGUGUGGUUUUGUAUGAUGUGGAUCGUUCUGUGUGUGGUUUCAGCUUUCCACUAGAACAACAAGCCAGCAUGACCAGUGAUUAAUUAUUCAAGAGCUUCCAGCUUAAGAGGGAGACACCUGAUAGCUCGGACUUACAAUAUUACAACCUGGUAACAGGUGAAACGGUGUACGUUUUCUGCUCUUGUCCUGCUUGUUCUUUUUCGUGGCUCAGUAUUUUGGUACUACACAAGGAGACUUAACUUUAUCAGAAAAUUUUACGAUCCUUUUUUUCCCCCAGAGUCUUUUUUGAGUUAGGAUUUUCCACAAUUUUUUCUUUUUGUGCCAAUGCUUGUCCCUAACAAACAGUUGAGUCUUGGAAGAUCCCACAGUUGGGACACAUUAGGAGGGAAUGAUGGUCAGUGGGAAAGACAUUGCGACGGAGUGUAUGAGCAGCAAGCAAGAUCAGUAGGGCGGCGGAACUCUCUGUCAUACGGAGAGGGAGGAGGGUGGUACGAAGCUCCACCAGGGGUGCGUCCCCCUGACCUGGAUUUGAAACGUGCGCCGUAUUCCUACCAGGACGCACCCUACGGACAAAUUUACACAGAGCGACACGAUCCAAGAGGGCUACGAAAGAGCUCCGUUCCUGAUCUAAACCACUACGAACGAACACCCAUGGCUCAUCGGGGAUCUAUUCCACAUCAGGAUUAUUACUCUCAUGACCCAGCCAUGACUCCUCGGCCACCUGAAGGCUUCUACCGGUCAGAUAACCAUCCUCAACCACCUCAUCCUCUGAGCAGGUCAGGCUCACACUUUGGAAUGGCACCUGGGGCGCGGACUGUGUGGGAUCAAGGUCAACAGGGAAGAGCAGCACCUCAAGCCCCUCCAUCACCUCUACCUCCUCCCCCUCCACCAACUGCUCAUGAGUUGAAUCGAGCUUACAGGGAACCUGGUCCUACAGCUGUUACUAAAGUUAUGCAAGAUGGCCAACAGCGCUUAACAUCCCGGGACCCAUCACCGGCUCAAUAUGGGAUGGAACAUGUGUCUCCUCGGUAUGCAAGUGAGCCUCCACCUUUGACAGGUCAGUCAGUCUAUACGGAUGUUGAUGGCUGCCAAUUGGAUCCGCAGCAGGGUGCUACUUGUUUAGUAGUAGAUCCUGCCAAUCAAGGUUUGUUUAUGAGACAAGAGACAGCCUCGCCUUAUACUGUUCACCAGCAACAGCAACUGCAACAGCAACAUUUACAACAACAGCAACAUUUACAACAACAGCAACAAUAUCCGCAACCACUUCAACCGCAACCACAUCCGCAACAACUGCAACAACAACAACUGCAACAGCAACAACUGCAACAGCAGCAGCUUCAACAGCAACAAUUUCAGCAACAGCAGCUUCAGCAACAACAGCUUCAACAACAGCAGCAACUUCAGCAGCAACAGUUGUCUCAACAAAUUCAACAACAGCAACUUCAGCAGCAGCAGCAGCUUCAACAAGACCAACUGCAGCAUGUGCAGCAGCAACAGGCUCUUCCACCUCCACCCACCAUCCCAGCAUCUGAUCCUAACCUUGCAAUGGUUUCUCCAAUUCCUCCUCCCCCUGUUGCACCUGCUCCAGUACAGACUGCAGCGGUGCUAACAACUUCAACUGCCCCUGUACCGGCCGCCCCAACUCCAGCUCCCGCUCCACCGGUUUCUCCACUUCCUGCUCCUUUACCUGCUCCUUCCCCUGCUGCUCUUCAAUCACCUUUACCCGUGGACCCCAAAAAGUCUGUUGAUCCGGAAUUUCUUUCUUUGUUGCGAAAUGAGGGCCUCUCAGAGAGCACUAUUUCAUCACUCAUUCAACAGGGGUUUGACUCCACUAGUAUGCUAGCUGUUAUGGAGGACAACGAUGUUCGCACUGUUGCACCCAACCUCGGCCAGGCUCGUGUGUUGUCUCGAUGUAUACACAACUACAAGCGACCCAUCGAAGCUACUCCAGCCGCCUCUCGACCUCAGACACCCAUGCGAGGCCGCUCCAAUAGUUUUAGUUAUCGCUCAGAUGUUUAUCACCAGCAGCAGCCCCACCAUUUGUCACAUUCUUCCCAGGCUCUGACUAUGGAUCCACAACUAAUGCCCCCACAGACCCCAGGUCCCAUGCAAAGUAUCACCCCAAGGAUGGGAGAAGUAAUCGGAAGGAGGCCCAGUAGUGCCCCCUCUCAAAACCUCUUGGAGACCUCUGGGGCUUACACAGGCCAACCACCUCGUUCACCAGGACCAUAUGCAGGAGCCAUAAUGCCAGUUCAGUCGAGGCCCAUGUCGGCGUACACUUCAGGGGUUGUAAUGCCAGGGGUCCCUUUGCAGGCUAUGCAGGUUAUGCCUCAACACCUAACUGGGUCAAUGCCCGCAUUACCAGGAUCCAUGCAUUCUAUGUCAGGUAUGCCACAUCAAAUGCCAGUAUCUAUGCCGGCUUUACAGCAGCCACCACAACAGGUUCCAAAAGCCUAUUCUACCAAUUACACAGUGCCCAUGGAGCUAAUGAAGAGGGACAGGAAUAUACUACCACUGUCACCCAUGCAUAGCCCUCACCCCAGUCCUCAACUUAUACGUAAAGGUGGAGUGUCUUCGUCAGAUAAUGCUCUUGUCCCUGCGGGAGUACCUGUUCAAGGCCAAGGAACCUUGGUUGUUAACCAGAAGCUUACUCGACGUACAGGUCCACCAGUCAUCGUGUCCACAAUGGGCUCUCCUGACACAAGUAUUCGGCCCCAGAUUAUGAAUGGGCCUAUGCACCCGCGCCCCCUUGUGGCGCUGCUGGAUGGACGUGAUUGCACUGUAGAGAUGCCCAUCCUCAAAGAUCUGGCCACGGUGGCUUUCUGCGAUGCCCAGUCCACUCAGGAGAUCCACGAAAAGGUGCUGAACGAGGCCGUGGGGGCCAUGAUGUACCACACCAUCACCUUAACCAGGGAGGAUCUGGAGAAGUUCAAGGCGCUGCGCAUCAUCAUACGCAUCGGCAGCGGCUACGACAACAUCGACAUCAAGGCUGCCGGGGAGCUCGGCAUCGCGGUCUGUAAUAUUCCCUCAGCGGCAGUAGAAGAAGCGGCAGACUCGACACUUUGUCACAUCCUUAACUUGUACAGGAGGAACACCUGGCUGUACCAGGCCCUCCGGGAGGGCACGCGGGUCCAGAGCGUGGAGCAGAUCCGGGAGGUGGCGUCUGGGGCGGCUAGGAUCCGAGGAGAGACGCUGGGCCUCAUCGGAUUUGGCCGCACAGGUCAGGCCGUGGCCAUAAGGGCCAAGGCUUUCGGUUUCAACGUCAUCUUUUAUGACCCCUACCUCCAGGACGGCUUGGAGCGCUCGCUGGGGGUCCAGAGAGUGUACACGCUGCAGGACCUGCUCUACCAGAGCGACUGCGUCUCCCUGCACUGCAACCUGAACGAACACAACCACCACCUCAUCAAUGACUUCACCAUCAAACAGAUGCGUCAAGGUGCUUUUCUGGUCAACUCUGCACGAGGAGGACUGGUGGAUGAGAAGGCCCUGGCUCAGGCCCUCAAAGAAGGCAGGAUACGAGGAGCGGCGCUGGACGUCCACGAGUCCGAACCCUUUAGUUUUUCUCAAGGUCCCCUUAAAGAUGCCCCAAACUUGAUCUGCACCCCCCACACCGCCUGGUACAGCGAGCAGGCGUCGCUGGAGAUGAGGGAAGCCGCCGCCACAGAAAUCCGCAGAGCCAUAACGGGGCGUAUUCCUGACAGCCUGAGAAACUGUGUAAACAAAGAGUUCUUUGUUACCACAGCAACCUGGGGGAUGAUGGACCAGCAGCAGCCUCAGGUUCACCCUGAAAUCAACGGGGCCGCCUACAGCCGAGUGAACCAAACCAUGGUACAGGCCAUAGCAACGGGGGGAAUGCAGGACAAAUUAUAUACCUAAUGAUCUACCAGAUUCCCCCCUGGCGUGAUGGGUGUGGCCCCAGGCGGGGUUCCCGGACCGAUGGAAGGGUUGGUGCCCGGGGGAGUGCCCAUCGGUCACACUUUGCCCCCUGGCACCCAUCCUUCACAGGCCACCUCCCCCAACCAACUCUCCAAACACGGCGACCCCAUGCGGGAGCACAUGACUGAGCCGUAGAGCAGCUGCAGCGGGGGGCGGGGGCCUGAAACCGGGGUCAGCCAAGGUCAAACCCAUCCGACUGUAUGCUCGACUUCAGCGAACUGCCCGCUGGGAAACGUUUCACUCUUCAUUUCGGACGGAACCACGAGGCCCAAGCGAGGACAGCGGAUGUGGGGACACGGCCGCGCUGAGACGCGACCAACCGGCAAACUGAUGAAGAUCGGAAAUGGCUCCUCCCACCACAUUUGUUAUUCCUCUUCACAGACCGAAGGGAUUUUUGUUUAGACUUUCAUGGCAUAUAUUUUAGAACAACUCCUCCUGACCUCUGGGACAUGUUGCCAGGAACAGCGCAGGAUGGAAACUUCAAAGGACAACGUGUGCAGCCUCUUUCUCCCUCGUUUUUCUGCACAAACAUGUCUCGUGUAAACUUUUUUUUUUUUUUCCCCUUCAACUCUUGUGUUUAUUCUGUUCUGUGUUUGAGUUUAUGUUCUUUAGUGUGUGACAGUGAUCAGGUUUACAGUUUCAUCUUCAGGACAUCUGGAUUCCACCUUCACGGCUUUUAUUUUUGUUUAUUUUGGCUCCAUGAUGCUAGCAGAUGAGAAGGACGAGAAUCGGGACGCAGGAUGGGGUACAAAUGUUAGUUUAAAUGAAGAAAUUCCCAAAUUUAGUUCAAUAUUUUCCAUCCGAGUGUGACGGAUUAAAAACUACCUGUGGUGUUUCAUAAAGAACAGAUUAUUGUCACUUCCAAAGGACCUUGAUUACAUGCCAGCAAGAAGCUUGUAGGAUAUUAAAACAUCUAAAAACAAAAGAAAAUCUCUUUUUGGCUCAGGAAAACUGAAAAAGGGAAGAAAAAAACGAUUCUGGAUCUCUGCUUUUCACAUCCAUCGCUGUAUUUUUCUUUUCUCAUAUGGAUAUAUAUCAAAUGUACAUUUUUUGAUGUUAAAACUUCUCAUUCCUGUAGAUUUGUAUUGACUUGUUAAAUGUUCAUAUAACAGUAGUCUCAUGUGAGCGGUUCGGCCCGCCCCUUUCCCCUUCUUCAUAGUUUCUUCUUUUGGCCAACACGAGCCAGCUGCGGCUCUUGGAGGGAUCAAACCGCCGCCGCCGCCAUCCGUCCCAUCAGCGCUGCGACGCUGCUCACAAAAUGUUUGGUUUUUAUUGUGAGUAUUUGUAUUCGUUUCUUGUACAAGGUGAACAUAUAGCAUACAGUGCAGCUGGAACCAAUAAAUAAAACUCUCUGUUCUGAUUAAUGACUGGCAA